UGCGUCACUUCCGUUCUACCAACUGGCGGGACUUCUUCACAUGGUAGAAAUCUACGAGCUGGUUGUUUUCCGACGUUAAAAGCUUAUUUUUGCACUACAAGCUGCCAAAACAUGAUGGCAACAAACGGAAAAGACUCCAGAGGACUGGAAGCUGACGUUUCUUUAAACGGGAGCUGCGCGGAACCAGCUACGGUGGAUGGAGCAGCCCAGGAGGCCCAGUCCGGCUUCAGAGGAGCGGAAGGACGCCCGCGGAGGUUCGCCUUCAGCCCGGAGCCCAGCAUGGAGGACAUUCGGAGGAUGCAGGCCGAGUUCACGGACGAGCGGGACUGGAAUAAGUUCCACCAGCCCCGGAACCUGCUCCUCGCUAUGGUCGGGGAGGUGGGCGAGGUGGCCGAGCUCUUUCAGUGGAAGGGGGAGGUGGCGGAGGGGCUUCCAGACUGGACCGAGUCUGACAGGGAGCAGCUGGCACACGAACUGAGCGACGUGCUGAUCUACCUGGUGGAGCUGGCAGAGAAAUGCCGCGUCGAUCUUCCCCAAGCGGUGCUCCGCAAAAUGGCGCUGAAUCGACUAAAGUAUCCAGCGAGUAAGGUGCAUGGCUCGGCCAAGAAAUACACCGAGUACAAGGACUGAGUGCUGGAGAGUCUGCUCUGGAUCAGGGGGCUGGAUGAGACCCAUGCUGCUCAGCAUCUUAUGGUUCAAAUGACAUUAUUCUGAGUCAUCAUCUAGAAAACAAGGGAUGCCUCAUUUUCUCCUCUAUUAAAGGCAGCAUUACGUUUUAUUACCUGA